GUCCGGGCAGCCGAUCAUUUCGGUCCGACAUGUACACCGAGGCGCAGACGGUCAGGAGGACCACCGCCCGCCAGCCACCAGCGGCCAUCGUCCGGCUCGUGGUGCACGCCGUGCUCGCGUGGCUGUAUGGUCACGCCAUGUGGAUGUCCGGUUCCGUGGACUGGGACUCGAUCUCGUACCCAACCAUCACCGAAGUGGGAAAGUACAUGCGGUUCAUGCUCACGCUGUGGACGCUGUGUAUGCAUUUGGGAUUUUUUUCAAUAGCUACUGUAUUGGACUUUUUUGAACUACUGUCACUGCCUGUCAUUAUUAGAAAAAUUAACAAUGCAAUUCGAGAGAUAAAUGACUUUUUUUUCAUGACCGUUAUGGUGCCAUUAUCAUUGUGCGUCUGCGGCGGAUUUUGGGCUGCUUGGAUAUUGUUUGGUAAUGCUGUUUAUCCGUCAGAGAUAAACAACAUUAUCCCAGUAUUUAUUAAUCAUGUGUCACAUUCAACACCUAUGUUCGUUGCAUUCAUUGAACUACUGCUCAUUUACCAUCCAUCGCCAAGAAUAAAACCAGCUAUUGCUAGUCUCCUCACUGUUGAAACUAUUUAUUUAGCUACGAUGAUCGUGUUACGAGUUCAAACCGGAAGAUGGGUGUACCUAUUAAUCGACAUUUAUUUAGAUACGAUUCUGAAAUUUAUCGUAGUGUUUUCAUUCCUUAGUUACAUUAUACCUACUAUUUUCUUGGUUACUUGUCUCAGACUCAAUAAUUUCGUUUGGGGUUUUAGAAUAAAUCAAUAUGAUACAGAAAAUGAUUCACUUCAACGCAAUAAAAAAAUAACAUGAAAAUAUAGUUAUAUAUAAACAUGUGUAACAAAAAUAUGGUUUUUAAACCAAUUAUUUUUUUUAUUUGUUAACUCUUUUGAAUAUUUAUCAUAACUUUUAAUUCUUGAUCGAUGCAUUUUAUGUUCGUUAAUCAUAUAUUGUAUUAAAAUAAUAGUUUAUUUUUUAAUUUGAUUUUUAA